CGUGACAUCAUUAUGAUUCACAUUCUUAGUCUUGUGAUUUCAACUGCUAUGGCUUUCUAAUCUAUUUUGAUAAUGCGUCAUGGUGCUCGUGAUCCUCAUACAUGGACUGAAAUAGAUAGAAACUUUUUAUGGAUUGUGGAUCCAACCAUUUUGACAGAAAAAGGGGUUAAGUAAUUAGUUUAACUUGGAAUCAACUAAUAAAGGUUAGAUAUAUUUGAUUCUUUUGGAAAUUGUAUUUAUGAAUAAUUGGAACUCUAAUCUUCUAAAUCAGCAAGAUGUACAUCAUCACUAGUUUGUUUUAUAAAGGGAUUAUGUCCUUAAAAUUAUGCAGAUAUAUUGCAUAGAUUAUUUUAAGAAUAGUAUCAACCUUAUGUGACUAAUUAAACAGCAUUUGAAGAAAUUAUGAAUUCUAAUUUUGAAGAUCCUCUUGAAUUAAAUUUUGAAGCAUUUGAUAAACCCUUAGAUUUUAUGUUUCAAGGCCAAAAGAAGAAUACUUGCCCAAACGUUUAAACUGUUAAUAAAGCAGUUUAAUCAUCAACUUAAUAUAAAAAAAAAGAAAAAGAACUUCUAAGUAGAGAAGAAUUCAAUAAAGUAUAUUAUUGGAUUUAAGAAGCAAAUCCAAGCACAGUGAUUGAUAAGAGUAAGUUAAAUCUUAAUGAUGUUGAUGAAUUUUAUGAUGAUUACUUUUGUAAUAGUUUUGAAGGAUUUAAUUUUCCUGAUCCAGAUUAAGAUACCCAAAAUUAUUUGAAUGAAGUGGAACAAUUCUUAAAAUAUUUUGGAGCCAACUCUGAACCUUUAUAACAUUAUGCUGGAGUAUCAGAACCUUUCAGAUGGAUCAUUUAAUAACUUGAUUCAAAUUAAUCUUUAAGUGUUUAUUCAGGAACUGAAACUAAUUAAAUGGCAAUUCUUUCAGUCUUGACUGAUUAAUAAUAUUUAACUCCAUUUGCUUCUUAACUUGAACUUGUUAUUUAAGGGUAAAGAGUAUAUAUCUACUAUAAUAAAUAAUUUAUUAAUGCUUCUUAUUGUGAAAGCGAUUUUUAUUGUACCAAACAAGAAUUAAUUAACUAUCUAAGCAAAUAUGUAGUAAAUAACCUUAAUGAAUUAUGUAAUUCUAACGAACAAUGA